AAAAUAAGAAUCCCUUUUUCUCCACUCACUCUCAUUCAUUCACUCCCAAAUGGACGUCGAAUCCGCGCCCCCCCGGCCGCCCCCAUCGCCGGCGCCGGCGCCGCGGCCGUUCUCCUCCGCCGUGGGGCGGCUCAACUCAUACGUAGCGAAAAGCCGCGUCGGAAAGUACUUCAAGAUCGCCGACCGGAACACCUCCUUCACGACGGAGCUCCGCGCCGGCACCGCCACGUUCCUCACCCUUGCCUACAUCCUCGCCGUCAACGCCUCCAUCCUUGAAGACUCCGGCGGCACGUGCUCCUUCUCCGACUGCAUAGCCACCUGCCCCGACCCCAACGGCACCCCCACCAACUGCUCCACCCCCCUCCUCCCGCCGGAAUAUCCCUCCUGCAAAUUCAACCCCGUCAACCCGGGCUACGCCCGAUGCCUCGAAAGAACCCGCAAAGACCUCAUCGUCGCCACCGUCGCCUCCUCCCUCAUCGGCUGCACCAUCAUGGGCCUCGCCGCGAACCUCCCCCUCGCGGUGGCGCCGGGCAUGGGCACCAACGCUUACUUCGCCUACACCGUCGUCGGGUUUCAUGGCUCCGGCAACGUUUCUUACCAGAACGCCCUCGCCGCCGUCUUCGUCGAAGGGUUACUCUUCCUCGCAAUCUCCACCGUCGGAUUGCGCGCCAAGCUCGCCAAGCUCGUCCCCAAGCCCGUCAGGAUUUCUUCCUCCGCCGGCAUCGGACUCUUCCUGGCCUUCAUCGGACUUCAGGGCAGUCAGGGCAUCGGCCUCAUCGGAUUCCAUCUCAACACCCUCGUGACCCUCGGCGGCUGCCCGAUCUCCGACCGGUCAGCCGUAUCGCCGGUGAUUACAGUAAACGGCACCGUUUUGCUCGACCCGAACGGCUCCCCGUCCGGCGACAUUCUCUGCCUGCACAACAGGAUGGAAAGCCCCACGCUUUGGCUGGGGGUUUUAGGGUUUGUAAUAAUUGCUUACUGUCUGAUGAAGAACGUGAAGGGGGCAAUGAUUUACGGCAUACUUUUCGUCACCGCCGUGUCCUGGUUCCGGCACACGAAGGUCACCAUGUUUCCCGACACCCCCGCCGGCGACGAGAGUUUCGAUUACUUCAAGAAAGUGAUCGACGUCCACAAAAUUGAGGAGACCGCCGGAGCUCUGAGCUUCAAGGGGAUCGGAAAACCCCAUUUCUGGGAGGCGAUGGUGACCUUUCUGUACAUCGACAUUUUAGACAGCACCGGGACUCUCUACUCCAUGGCGAGGUUCGCCGGAUUCACCGACGGCAACGGCGACUUCGAGGGGCAGUACUUCGCCUUCAUGUCCGACGCGGCGGCGAUCGUCGUCGGCGCGUUGCUGGGGACGUCGCCGUUGACGACGUUCAUCGAAUCGUCGACGGGGAUCCGGGAGGGUGGGAGGACGGGGCUGACGGCGCUGACGGUGGCCGGAUAUUUCAUGCUGGCCUUCUUCUUCACGCCGCUGCUGGCGUCGAUUCCGCCGUGGGCGGUGGGGCCGCCGCUGAUACUGGUGGGGGUGCUGAUGAUGAGGACGGUGGUGGAGGUGGACUGGGGGGACAUGCGGCAGGCGAUUCCGGCGUUCGUGACCAUGAUUCUGAUGCCGUUGACUUAUUCGAUCGCGUACGGAUUGAUCGGCGGGAUUGGUUCUUACAUAGUUCUGCAUUUGUGGGACUGGGGGGAGGAAUUGUCUGGGAAGGUUGGGGGUAUUUUGGGGAAAUCACCUCCUGGUAAUGCUCUAGUGGUGGAGAAUGGUGGAUCCAGACAGGCUGUAUGACGGCUCCACUCUCACUCUCAAUUAGGCUUUGCAAUUGUUUCGGAUCUUUUUUGUCAUUUUCAGUUUUAAAAGUGUUAAAUGCUUGUUAAAAGGAAUUAGGGCUAAAUUUUAUACAUAGUAAAAUUUUGUACAUUAGAAACCGAAUAAAUAAUAAAGAUAAUAGGGUUUUUUUUU